AUGGCUGACCUCAACUCGUGGGAGGACGACAAGGAUGCGCAGGACGAGAGCCUCGCCCAGCAGACCCAGCAGCAGAUGAACCUGAACCCUGCCGCCCGCGCUCCUACCUUCACCCCCGGCGCCGCAUCCUUCACCCCCGGAGCCGCCUCUUUCACCCCAGGCCAGCCCUUCCAGGGCUACGGUGGCUACAACCAGUACGGUCAAUACUACGGCGGCGCCGGCGGCUACCCCCAGUACGGCCAGCAACAGCAAUACGGCCAGUAUGGCUACGGCCAACAGGGCUACAACUACCCCCAGCAGGGCUAUGGCGGAUAUCCCCAGCAGCAAUUCCAGCCCCAGCAGCAGCAGCAGCAGCAGCAGCAGCCGCGCCAGACCCCCAAGAUCGCCAAGCGUGGCGACGACCUCCAGGCAGCAGCCCCCGCCCAGCCUGCCGCAGCAGCCCCCGCCGCCGGCUCGCCAAAGGCAGCGCCGAAGACGCUCUCCAUCGGUGGUGAUGGUUCCACCAAGGUUGAGUCGGCUGGCGGCACCAAGGUUCUGAGCAUUGGUGGCGAUGCGCCCAAGGUCGAAAAGGCUGGCGCCACGAAGGUGCUCAGCAUUGGCGGUGCCGCUGCCCCUUCGGCCGCAAAGAAUGCUGCCAACAAGGACCAGGGCGCUCCCCAGGCUGGCAAGAAGGUCACCGCUGCCAAGGCCAUCGAGAAGGCUGGCGAGACUGCGGGCCCUGCCGCCAGCGGCAAGACUUCGCCCACGCCCUCGUCCGGCCGGAACAGCCCCACUCGCGCCUCGGAUGCGAAGGCAGCCAAGCAGCAAGCCGACAUGAUCGCCCAGGAGCAGCAAGCCGACGUCGACGAGGGUACCCUGGCCGAUAUGUACGGCAAGGAGCACGUCAACGUCAUUUUCUUGGGUCACGUCGAUGCUGGCAAGUCCACUCUGGGCGGCUCCAUCCUUUACGCCACCGGAAUGGUCGACGAGCGGACACUGGACAAGUACAAGCGCGAGGCCAAGGAGGCUGGCCGUGAGACGUGGUACCUCUCGUGGGCUCUGGAUCUGACCAAGGAGGAGCGUUCCAAGGGUAAGACGGUCGAGGUCGGAAGAGGCUUCUUCGAGACGGAAACGCGCCGCUACAGCAUCCUGGAUGCCCCUGGCCACAAGACGUAUGUCCCCAACAUGAUUGGUGGCGCUUCGCAAGCCGAUGUCGGUGUUCUGGUCAUUUCGGCGCGCAAGGGCGAGUACGAGACCGGUUUCGAGAAGGGUGGUCAGACGAGAGAGCACGCUGUGCUCGCCAAGACCCAGGGUGUCAACAAGCUUUGUGUCGUCGUCAACAAGAUGGAUGACCCGACUGUCGAGUGGAGCGAGGAGCGCUACAAGGAGUGCAUUGUCAAGCUCACCCAGUUCCUUAAGGGAGUUGGCUACAACCCCAAGACCGACCUUACCUUCAUGCCCGUCUCGGCGCAGACGAUGAAGGGUAUCAAGGACCGGGUUCCGUCCGAUAUUUGCCCAUGGUACGAUGGCCCGUCGCUUCUGGAGUUCCUGGACAACAUGAAGACGCUCGAGCGCAAGCUCAAUGCGCCCUUCAUGAUGCCUAUUGCCGCCAAGUACCGUGACAUGGGUACCAUGGUUGAGGGCAAGAUCGAGGCGGGAGUGAUCAAGAAGGGCGUCAACUACCUGAUGAUGCCCAACCGCGAGACUGUCGGUGUCUCGGCCCUGUACGGCGAGACCGAGGACGAAAUCCAGGCGGCGACUUGCGGUGACCAGAUCCGCAUCCGUCUGAGGGGCAUCGAAGAAGAAGACAUCCUUCCUGGGUUCGUGCUCUGCUCGCCGAAGCGUCCGGUGCACUGCGUGAAGAGCUUCGAGGCGCAGAUUGUGCUGCUGGAUCUCAAGUCGAUUCUCUCGGCCGGGUUCAACUGCGUGCUCCACGUGCACUCGGCAACGGAGGAGGUCACGUUCGACGCGCUGCUGCACAAGCUCGAAAAGGGCACGGGCCGCAAGAGCAAGAGGCCCCCGGGUUUCGCGACCAAGGGCAUGAGCAUCAUCGCUCGUCUGUCCGUCACGGGCGGCGCGGGCAGCGUCUGCGUUGAGAGAUUCGAGGAUUACCCGCAGAUGGGUCGUUUCACCCUCAGAGACCAGGGCCAAACAAUUGCAAUCGGCAAGAUCACGAAGCUCAUCACGGAAGAGGCUGCUUAA